AUGUGCGGAAUCUCUGCGUGCAUCUCUGUUGCUCCGACUGGCAUUGAAAAUCAGACCAGUAAUGGCUGCGCGAAACAUGCGGACGUUGGUUGCAAGGGGAACACCAGCUCCCAUAAAGAGACCAACGGUGUAGCAAAUCCUCUUGCGACGCAGCUUCAAGCUUCACUCGAUAUGAUUUCCCACCGCGGCCCGGACGAUUCAGGUGUCUGGAUCAACGAGACCGAGCAGGUCGGGUUGGCCCACUGUCGGCUCGCCAUCAACGAUCUAUCAUCUGCCGGGCGACAACCUCUCCACAGCAGCGACGGCCAGGUUCAUGUUGUGGUGAAUGGCGAGGUUUACGACUACGAUCGCCUACGACAUGAGUGUGAGACGGUUCAUCAAUAUGCCUUCCAGAGUGACAGUGACAGCGAGCUUGUGCUGGCGCUCUACCAGAUCUUCGGCACCCCCAGUUUCUUUACUCAUCUGCGUGGUGAAUUCGCAUUUGUGCUCCAUGAUGCUCGUCCAGGCUUUCAGCGAGUAAUAGCCGCACGAGACCGUUAUGGAAUUAAGCCCCUGGUCUAUACUCGUCUCGGGUCCAAGCUAUUGAUCGCUUCCGAGGCCAAGGCAUUGUUGCCUUUGGGUUGGAAACCUCGCUGGGACGUUCGUGCAAUUGCGGACGCCGGCUGGAUGCUUGACGAGCGAACGUUGUUCCGUGAUGUCCGAAAGGUACUGCCUGGACACUACCUUGAAACGAUAGAAUAUGGUGGUGUGCGGCAGGUGAAGUAUUGGGAUGCUGAAUAUGAAGACAAGAGGAAACCGGAGAUCCGCAGCAUCGACGAAAUGGUCGCUGGCGUGCGUGAGCGGCUGGUCGAGUCUGUCCGGCUUCGCCUGCGUGCUGACGUGCCUGUUGGCAUAUACCUUUCGGGGGGGAUCGACUCUUCUGCCAUUGCGGGCAUAGUGACUGAUCUUGCACGAAAGGAAAAUGCCCUGAUUGGAAACGAACAGACCACUCGAGUCACCUGCUUCAGCGUGGCUUUCCCGGAAAUCUCUGGCUAUGACGAGUCAGCUAUUGCCGAGCGCACCGCGGAAUGGCUGGGAGUGCAGACCAUCAAGAGGACGAUCACGGAGGAAACGCUGGCUGAAAACUUCGAAGAUGCUGUCUUCCACUGCGAGCAUCAUCAUUUCGACCUCAACUUCGUGGCCAAAUUUGCCCUCUCGACGCUGCCCCAAGAACACGGGGUCAAGGUCGUCCUGACGGGCGAAGGCGCCGACGAGCACUUUGCAGGCUAUCCAUACUUCUUCAGCGAGUUCCUCCGAGAAGCUGAUGAAGCUCUCGCAGACUCUCAUCUAUCUCAACACAGCCAUCUUCGCAGCGACAUCUUCGAGUCAGCGCAGCGGGAGAUGAAAGGCAUAUGGCAGAAAGGGGGUGCCACGGCGUACGAGAAUCGACCAGCCCUCCCAUCGAUCGCAGGUGCCGGGGCAGCAGCUAUGAGCGAUAAUCUGCUGGCCUGGCAUCCCAGCGCUGGGCUAUUUGCGCCAUGGCUACAAGCACAGCAAGGCAAUGAAGACUGUCGCAAAACCAUCCUCAACUCGUACCCCGAGCCCGUGCAAGCCAAGAUGCGCUCACGAUGGCAUCCCCUCCACACUUCCAUGUACAUGUGGAACAAGAACUCGCUAGCCAACGUUCUUCUGUCAUGUCUGGGCGAUCGAACAGAGAUGGCGCACAGCGUCGAAGCGCGCACCCCAUUCCUCGACCACCACCUCACCGAAUAUGUCAACCGGCUGCCCCCCAGCGUGAAGCUGCGCUACUCAGCCGACACCGCAGGUGAUGCCGGGGAAUUGGGCCCUAUUUGGACCAAGUCCAGCGUUGCCUUGCAAUCACUCAAUGAAAAAUGGAUCCUCCGCCAGGCAGUACGCCCCUUUAUUACGGAUGAGCUGUACCGGCGGAAAAAGCACCCCUUUCUGGCUCCGACUCGAUGGGCGAAAGAAGGGCCGUUGUAUCGCAUGUUCCAGAUGCUCUUGACACAGGAGGCCGUGAAGAACCUGGGGUUUGUUAGGUGGACCACGAUCCAAGAGGCGAUGGAAAUUGCCUGGGGCGAGGCUGCAGACUCCAAAGCCUUUCGACUAUUGCUUUACUGUGGUGCGUGGGUCAUCCUGAGCCAACGGCUGGGCGUGGCCAAGGCAGACGAGGCUGAUUGGGAACUGAACACACUGUAG